GACUGUGAUCGCGCACAGUCUCUCUCUCUCUCUCCUCCAUAGCUCCCAAGAGCCACUACUCUUCUAUGUCUCUUACUGUUUAUUUCCAUGAAUAUUAACGCAUUUUUCACUAUAUAGAAAAAAAGAAAUAAAUCAAGAGAAAAAAGGAGAGUAAGGAUUUAGUUUCUUUUUCUGUUUGUUUCUCUGUUUUUCUUAAAGAUUUUCUCUGAUAAUAUAAGAUAUUUUAGCGCGAUUAAAAAAUAAAAAUUAGAUAACAGAGAGACAUAGCGAGGGAGAGAGGUAAAGAAGAGAAUUGCUGUAUGUCAGUAGAUUGUUGUAUCGAGACUUACUUUGGUGGAAUUGGCGAGCUUGCAAAUCCUCUACAAUGGCCUCAACUUCGCAAAAAACGACGUCUUCUUGUUGCGUUUCUAAAACUCCAACUGAUUCUUCUGCUUCCUUCCUUCUCCGCCGUGAAGCUUCUUCUGCUCCUGCUCCUGCUGCUCCGUCGUCUACUGUGGUGGCUAACGUGCUGCAAGAUUGGAUCGAUCGCCCUAUCAACAAGGGCGCCGAUGAUAAUAAGCUUCCUGCCAAAAACGCUGCCGUUGCUUCAUUGAUUCCAGAACCUUCUACUACUAACUCCACCAAUAAAGCAGGCAUCCCAGUCAUGCUGAGAGCUCAAACUAGCCAUCCACUAGAUCCUUUGUCUGCUGCUGAAAUCUCUGUGGCAGUGGCCACUGUCCGAGCUGCUGGAGCCACUCCUGAGGUCAGAGAUAGCAUGCGUUUUGUCGAGGUGGUACUUCUCGAACCAGAUAAACAGGUUGUUGCGCUGGCAGAUGCUUAUUUCUUUCCCCCUUUCCAACCAUCAUUGCUUCCCAGAACAAAAGGUGGUGGGCCUGUAAUUCCUACCAAGUUGCCUCCAAGGAGAGCUAGACUUGUUGUUUACAACAAAAGGUCAAAUGAGACAAGUGUUUGGAUUGUGGAGCUAUCAGAAGUACAUGCAGUAACUCGAGGCGGACAUCAUAGAGGAAAAGUAAUUUCGUCACAAGUUAUUCCAGAUGUUCAGCCUCCUAUGGAUGCUGUCGAGUAUGCUGAAUGUGAAGCUGUUGUAAAAGACUUCCCUCCAUUUAGAGAGGCAAUGAAGAAGAGAGGUAUUGAUGAUAUGGAACUUGUAAUGGUUGAUGCUUGGUGUGUUGGUUAUCACAGUGCUGCUGAUGCUCCAAGUAAAAGACUUGCCAAACCCCUUAUAUUCUGCAGAACUGAGAGCGACUGCCCAAUGGAAAAUGGUUAUGCACGCCCAGUUGAGGGCAUCUAUGUGCUUGUAGAUAUGCAGAACAUGAAGGUGAUUGAAUUUGAAGAUCGUAAACUUGUCCCCUUACCUCCAGCUGAUCCAUUGAGGAACUAUACGCCUGGGGAAACAAGGGGUGGUGUUGAUCGAAGUGAUGUAAAACCUUUACAGAUCGUUCAGCCUGAAGGUCCUAGUUUUCGUGUCAAUGGAUACUUUGUAGAAUGGCAGAAGUGGAAUUUUCGUAUUGGGUUCACUCCGAGAGAGGGUUUGGUUAUACAUUCUGUCGCAUAUGUUGAUGGUAGUCGGGGGCGAAGACCUGUAGCUCACAGGUUAAGUUUUGUAGAGAUGGUUGUGCCUUAUGGAGAUCCAAAUGAACCACAUUAUAGGAAGAAUGCUUUUGAUGCAGGGGAAGAUGGCCUUGGUAAAAAUGCUCAUUCACUUAAAAAGGGAUGUGAUUGUUUGGGUUACAUCAAAUACUUUGAUGCCCACUUCACAAACUUCACAGGAGGGGUUGAAACUAUUGAGAAUUGUGUGUGCUUGCAUGAAGAGGAUCAUGGAAUUCUAUGGAAGCAUCAAGACUGGAGAACAGGCUUAGCAGAAGUACGAAGGUCUAGAAGGCUCACAGUGUCUUUUAUAUGUACAGUUGCAAAUUAUGAGUACGGAUUCUACUGGCACUUUUAUCAGGAUGGAAAAAUCGAAGCUGAAGUUAAACUUACGGGAAUCCUCAGCUUAGGAGCAUUGCAACCUGGAGAGACUCGAAAAUACGGCACGAACAUAGCUCCAGGUCUAUAUGCACCAGUUCAUCAACAUUUUUUUGUUGCUCGAAUCAAUAUGGCUGUUGACUGCAAGCCUGGUGAAGCUUUCAAUCAGGUUGUUGAGAUGGAUGUUAAAGUUGAGAAACCUGGGGAAAACAAUGUACACAACAAUGCAUUUUAUGCAGAAGAGACCCUUCUCAAAUCCGAAUUGCAAGCAAUGCGGGCCUGUAAUCCUCUGACAGCUCGCCAUUGGAUUGUGAGAAAUACUAGGACUGUCAAUAGGAUGGGACAAUUAACAGGGUACAAGCUGGUACCUGGAUCUAACUGUUUGCCGCUAGCUGGUCCUGAGGCCAAAUUUUUGAGAAGAGCUGCUUUUUUGAAGCACAAUCUUUGGGUCACACCUUAUGCACGCGAUGAGAUGUUUCCGGGAGGAGAGUUUCCUAACCAAAAUCCACGUGUUGCUGAAGGCCUAUCUACAUGGGUGAAGCAGAAUCGAUCUCUGGAAGAAACUGAUGUAGUUCUUUGGUAUGUAUUUGGGAUCACACAUGUACCGCGGUUGGAAGACUGGCCUGUAAUGCCGGUAGAGCGCAUAGGUUUUAUGCUUAUGCCUCAUGGGUUUUUCAAUUGCUCUCCUGCUGUGGAUGUCCCACCCAAUGUAUGCGAACUGGAUAUAAAAGAGAAUGAUGUCAAAGAAAAUGGCGUGGCUAAGCCUCUUCAAAAUGGUUUGCUGGCAAAGCUCUGAAGCCACUCCCAAGUUCGUGUCCGCAUGCAAGAACCUCAAGGAUUACUAUAAAGCACUAAGCAAUAAGUCGGAUCAGGAUUAACUGGUUUCUGUAAAACUUGAACGAUCAUGAUUUUCUUUGUUAAUUUAGCUUUAGCUUUGGUCUGAUGGAUUUAUUUUAGUUUUUGGUGACAAGUAUUGGAUUUGAAUGCUGGUUAGUUGAUCCAAGUUGAAAAGCAGAAUUUCAAUUUUCCCCGUUA